CCUUCUUAAACAAUUUUUAAGCCAGUCGUGGGAGCUGCGACACUCUCCGAAGUGGACAUAAGUCUUCGGCGUCUCCUUCACGGGCCAACUAUCGGACCGGGCAGAUGUUGGUCGUUUUGGGAGGCGUGCGCGGUCGAAGUCAUCCCCAUUCAUUGCCUCAGCAGAAUGAGCCGGCUCUUGUGGACUCUGACUCAGUGGGGCAACUUAAUAUCAGCAGCAGCCCUGCCAGGCCCAGAGUUGCCAAACUGGAGACUUCGCUCGAGGUGGAUGCCGACUGGAAGUAUCGCAACCGCAGAGCCGUUAAUGUGGCAGUGGGCAAGAGCAGGUAUGAAAGACCACGAGGAAUGUCGCUGGACUAUUCAGCGUCAUCAUCCUUUGGCAAAUGGACCUCACGGAUGAGCAGAAGUACUGACCAGCUCGGUGGGGGUCAGCCAACAGGACAGGACGAUGCUGUGCAGGUCCCACCACCACUGGAGAUGCCUUCACCAGAACGAAACUGGGUCAAACUGAGGAGGGGCGUGAAAUGGCAAGCCAGCCAGGGUGCUGCCGCGUUUCAGAGAGGUGGUGGCAUCUGCAAGUCACGUCCGACGUCAUCCAGUGAGGAGCCUCUAGCCCCGACAUCUCCAUCUCCAUCUCCACGUUCGCCCAUGGAGAGGGCAAGAGCACGGGCUCGUUCCCUCUCCUCCCUGCCUGCCCGGGGUCAUGAGGUGCCCCUUGAGAGAUCCUCGGCCGUCUCGGGGAACUGCGGCACGGACCACGGCUCUGCCUCUGACAACAUUCCCGUUCAACCCAAGCCCUCGCCGCUGCGCCCAGAAAAUAUCUUCCAAGCUUCUCCAUCCCUGGAAAAAACAGCAAACUAUGAAACUGGAGCGACUGAAUGGCCAAUGAGCGGAGAGAAUUUGCUGUCAACGGUGGACUUUGUUCCGAUGAAGCCCGCAGGAUAUGACACCGAAGAUGACAUAAAGGUUAGACUUGCGGACUUGGCGUCCUCCCCUGUUUGUCCAGACAGCAUCGUUGAGAUGACCCUACCAGCCUCAAUGGCCAAGUCUGAGAUCAAAGGUGGGAACAGCCACCCAUCGCCCUUUAAAGACCCACUAAAUAGACACGAGACGUCUCGGCAACGUCCAACGGAUUGGACGAACUCCUGUGUCCAUCCGAGGAUGAGGACCAAGUCUCCCGAAGAGCUGAGGACGGAGAAACUCAUCAAGGAAAUAAUUGACGAGGAUCGCUCGUUGGCAGAGAUCCUGGAUCCCAACCCCACCACCAAAACCAUAAUGGACCUCGUGGAGGACAUGUUUCAGGAGGAUACGCUGGUCCUCGAGGCUUGUCAGAGGAGAGGCCAAUUGUACAGCCAGACAACGGAGGCAGAAACCAAGAGAUCAAACACGAAAGAGAUUCAGUUGCCGUCAUUGUUGGGGUCAGACACUGGGUGUAAAGCAGCAGCCGCCACGGUGACUCUGAUGCAAGACAUCAACAGAGAGAGGGGAGACUGGCCGACUGAUAUCACGGACAAAAAGAGGGAGUUGAUCGUCGCCAUCAGGUGGAAGCUGCGGAAACUUCACGAGGCUCAAGCUGGCCUGCAGGAGGACAUCAAAGUGAACGACUCUCUGGGAGACGACAUCGAGGCCUGCGUCGGCCAAGUCUGCAACCCCAACGAGAUGCAGAAGUACGAGAGCUUCGUCGCGGACUUGGACAAGGUGAUGGGCUUGCUGCUGUGUCUCUCCAGCCGUCUAGUGCGUGUGGAGAGUGCCCUGAGCAAGGUCAACGAGUCUACUGAUGUGGAGGAGAAGCAAUCGCUGAACGAGAGGCACCAGACGCUCUCCCAUCGACACGAAGGAGCCAGAGGGCUGAAGGUGCAUCAAGAUCACCGGGAGAGAAUGACCUUCAGAAUCCUCAGCAACUACCUCAACGAGAUACAACUCCAACACUGCCACCACUUUGUACAGAUGAGAAAAGCUUUAAUUAUCAAGCAAAAAGAAAUCGAAGAAAAUCUCCGUCUGACCGAAGAACAACUGGGAUUUCUUGAGAACAGUCUUUAAUCAUUUCCUUCCAGUCAACAUUCCGGCAAAAAUCCAAGAUGCAUUUCUCCCAUCUGGUGAUUUUAAAUGUUCAUUCCAAGAUCAGCAGAUGUUAACUCUUCAUGGGCCUGGGCCACUUAGGCCAUUAUUUAGGCCACAUGAUCGCCUGGGUGUCGCCUGCAUGGUCCUGAGUCGUCUCCUCAGUCGCCCAAAGAGUCGUAGCGUCUUUCUGCGAGUCGCUGGAAUUUC